AUGAACGAAGGUUGUUCUGGCUCCAUCGGAGUUUCAGAUACAGCACAAGGCUUUGAACAUACUCCUGGGAUAUGGACUAAAGAGCAAGUGCCAAGUGGAGGCUUGGAAGCCAAUCGUGGACGCUGUUCAUGCGAAAGGCGGGUUUCAGCCAAAUGGGGAAGCUCCUAUUUCUUGUACGGACAAGCCAUUGACACCAACCAAAGCUCUGUUCUCGCCUCCAAGUUAAGCACCGAAGAAAUCCCCAGCGCUAUUAGGUUCUUUGUUGUUUGCUGCUUUGGCAAAAACAGAGCAUCUUUGAAAUUAGCAAAGGAAAACAGAGCAUCUUCAAAGACACGCGCGUUCAACAAAAUCAAAACAUCCACGGUGGGGAGACACGAAGGCAAAAGAUUCGACUAUCUCGUUGAUGGGUUACAGUUAAGCCACGAAGCCGUCGCGAUUACAAAGCGACUCACAACACACGUCACCUGUCUCAACGACAAGAAGCUUCACCUCGUACUUGACUUGGACCACACGCUUCUCCACACCGUCAUGGUUUCGAAGCUUUCCGAAGAAGAAAAAUACCUAAUCGGAGAAGUUGACUCAAGAGAAGAUCUAUGGAGGUUUAACAGCGGCCACUCAAGCGAGUUCUUAAUAAAGCUAAGACCUUUUCUUCGCGAGUUUCUCGAAGAAGCCAACAAGAUGUUCGGCAUGUAUGUUUACACGAUGGGAGAUCGCGAUUACGCCGAGACCGUUCUGAAGCUGAUUGAUCCAGAGAAAGUAUAUUUUGGAGAACGAGUUAUAACCAGAGAAGAUAGUCCUUACAUGAAGACGCUUGAUCUUGUGUUGGUUGAUGAGUGUGGGGUUGUGAUUGUGGAUGAUACUCCACAGGUAUGGCCUGAUCAUAAGAACAACUUGCUACAGAUCACCAAGUACAACUAUUUCAGAGACAGGACAAGCGGUGACUUGAAGUACGCAGAGGAGAAGAGAGACGAGAGUCACAAGGAAGGGUCGUUGGCGAGUGUUUUGAAAGUUCUCAGGGAAGUUCAUCAAGGAUUCUUUAGAGAUGGAGUUGAGAGAGAUUUAAUCAGUGUUUCAAAGGAUGUGAGGCUGUUGCUGCAGGAUCUCUGCUCACCACAGUGUUUCUAAUUCAAAGGAUUGUGUAAAUCCGGUUUAACUUUGGUAGAUUCUGGUUUUAAUUUUGUAGUUUCUAUAAGAAAUUUAGCAUUCUGUAAAAACAUAAAUGUAUCCUUGUUUCUAUUUUCUUAUCCGUAUA